AUGCAACCGAAUGGUCUUGACCGUCUGGCUGGCCUCGUCCGCCCUGUCGAGAAAUCCGCGUAUGCUCAUCUGGAAGAUGAAGAGUUGGAACAGAGUCGGGAACCGAGUCCGCGUCAUCGAUUCUGGUCACCCAGCGUAUCUCAGGUGCUUCUUUUCUUGAUCUCCGUGGCUCUUCUCUCCGCUACCGGUGUUCAUCACUUCCGCCAGAGCAAACACUCCCACAACCAACGAACAAGUACGAAAUAUUUCAGCAAAGUCAAGAAUGCGGUGCUGAUAUGCAAGUUCCAGAUGUGGGUAAUCUCGAAGAGAUCAGAGGACAAGCUCAUCGACGAGCGUCAUUUCAUGCUCAUUCCCGACGAGGACUUUCCCAAAUCCGAAUUUAGAACUAGAGAGCCCCUCCGGGCUUCGACCUCUGCUCAAAACGGUACUCUGGCCGUGUUUGAGUACGUUCACGCCUUGCACUGCGUGCACCUCAUGUGGAAGCAAACCUAUCCCGAGUACUACAAAGAAGACCACAUGAAGAUGAAGAACGACCCAAAGUGGCAGCACGCACACAUUAAUCACUGCGCGGACUUCCUGAAGCAGUACAUUCUCUGCAACGCCAACCUCGCGUUCAACACGUACUCCUUCAACGAGACCCGGGGCGGCGCCGACGUGGACAUCGUGUCAUCGCACACGUGCAUCAACUUGGAUGCCGCGGACGACUACGCGAACCGGCACUACGUCAAGAGGUCUGAGCUGGCCAUCGCUACCGGCAAAGAGAUCACUGCCGAUGUAUUUUGA